AUGUUUCGAGAAAGAAAACUUGAUUAUAAAAUUUAUUUUUGGAUUAAAAGUUUUAAAGAAACUGGAUCUACAAUUUAUAAAGAUGAGCAAAAACUUUUACAAGAAUUUAAAUUGAAUAUCUUUAAACAAAAGAAGAAAAAGUUGUUAAAAAAGAAAGAAGAAUUAUUUAAUAAACAAGUUCUAAAGGUUAUCAAAGAACAAGAAGAAAGAUUUACUCAAGAAAAGAUCUCUGGUAAUCAAGCAGAAAAUGAAAAUUCAGAUUUUCACUUCGCAACACCUAUACGAAGCUCUGAAUAUCAUCCCCAAUUACCAUUACUUUAUAAUGAUGAAUUUAUAUUCUUAGUUGAUAUUCAAAUUGGUGUUCGAGAAAUUUCAUGUGGAAGAUUACCAUUUUUAACUUUGAAAUUCAAACCAGAGAAAGAAUUUACAAAAUGGAUAAUCUCAAAUAUUCGAUUUAUUUAUACUUUUUGA